AUGAUCACUCAACAGCAGCUUCAGUUAUUUCACUUCAUUUCCCGCCAUUACUUUCUAUCAAAGCCACGCCUUUUCUCGUUUCACUUCCGUUCCCCUCCGCAAACAAAACAAUCAUGCAUCUUUCUUCUCAAAAACUGCAAAUCCAUGAACCACCUUAAGCAAAUUCAAGCCCAAACCUUCCUACUUGGUCUCCACCAAGACGGCCACACUCUCAACAAACUCAUAGCUUUUUGUGCGGACUCAUCUCUUGGAAACUUCCGACACGCUGAAAAAGUCUUCAGUCUCGUCCAAAAUCCAUCUUUGUUCAUAUACAAUGUGAUGAUCAAGACGUUUGUAAAAAAGGGUAGUUAUAAAAAUGCCAUCUUGGUCUUUGGGAAGCUGAGGGAACGGGGGUUGUGGCCUGAUAAUUUUACCUAUCCUUUUGUUUUGAAGGCAAUUGGAAGCUUGGGUGAGGUUUUCCAAGGUGAAAAGAUUCAUGGGGUGGUGGCAAAAUCGGGGCUUGAAUUUGAUGCUUAUGUGAUUAACUCACUUAUGGAUAUGUAUGUUCAAUUAGGCCGGAUUGCGUAUUCGAAGAAAAUAUUUGAUAAAAUGCCUGAUAGAGAUGUGGUUUCCUGGAACGUGUUGAUUUCUGGUUUGGUUAGGUGUGGGAUAUUUGAAGAUGCUGUCAAUGUUUUUGGGUUGAUGAUAAAAGAGGGCCUGGUUAAGCCUAAUGAGGCUACAAUUGUUAGCACUCUUUCGGCUUGUACAGCAUUGAGAAGAUUGGAACUUGGCAAUGAAAUUAACCGUUAUGUAAGGAAGGAACUUGAAUUAACUGCUAUUAUGGGGAACGCGUUGUUAGACAUGUAUUGUAAGUGUGGUUGUCUGGAUAUAGCCAGGAAAGUUUUUGAUGAGAUGCCGAUUAAGAAUGUUAAUUGCUGGACUAGUAUGGUGUCUGGCUAUGUAAACUGUGGUCUACUGGAUGAAGCUAGAGAGUUGUUUGACAGAAGUCCAGUUAGGGAUGUUGUUCUUUGGACAGCUAUGAUUAAUGGUUACGUUCAGUUCAACCGUUUUGAUGAGUCAAUGGAACUGUUUAAAGAAAUGCAGAUUCAAAGGGUUAAACCAGAUAAGUUCGUUGUGGUUUCUCUCCUAACAGGUUGUGCUCAGAUGGGAGCUCUUGAGCAAGGGAAAUGGAUUCAUGGAUAUCUCAAUGAAAAUAGAAUUGUUGUAGACACCAUUGUUGGGACUGCUCUUAUAGAAAUGUAUGCAAAAUGUGGAUGCGUAGAUGAAGCUUUGGAGAUUUUCUAUGGGCUGAGUAAAAAGGAUACUGCCUCUUGGACUUCAGUUAUAUGUGGGCUCGCGGUUAAUGGGGAGGCAAGCAAGGCACUUGAGUUAUUCUCACAAAUGAAACAAACCGAAGAAAAACCUGAUGAUAUCACCUUUAUUGGUGUUUUAAGUGCAUGUAAUCAUGGAGGAUUGGUUGAAGAAGGCCGUCAGUUUUUUGAUUCCAUGUCUAAAGUGUAUCAGAUUGAGCCAAAAUUGGAACAUUAUGCGUGUCUGAUUGACCUACUUGGCCGCGCUGGACUGUUAGCUGAAGUAGAGAAGUUGAUAGAAGAUAUACCAGGUCAAGCUAAUGAACUUCUUGUGCCACUUUAUGGUUCAUUGCUUAGUGCUUGCAGGACCUAUGGCGAUGUUGAGAUGGGAGAACGGGUGGCUCAACAGCUAGUAGAAAUUAAAUCAAGUGAUUCCAGUAUUCAUACACUUCUGGCCAAUAUCUAUGCCUCUGCUGAUAGAUGGGGAGAUGUAAUAAAGGUUAGAGCAAAGAUGAAACAUCUUGGAGUCAAAAAGGUGCCUGGCUGUAGCUCAAUUGAUGUGAAUGGUGUUAACCAUGGUGCAGUGACUUGACAAAUAAAGCAGUCUUUCAAGGAUAUAUUGUCACAAUCGGGGAUUGCAUUAAAAUUUGGAAAUUGUGGAAAUGGCACAAAGUUGUAUGUUGCUUAGCUAGUGAAGAAGCAUGCUGGAAUUCCGAAAAUAUUUGCAAGUAGGGAAAUAAAGUUGCUUUUACAUCAAAAUUUUUAUGAAGAGGCAAUUGGACUGCUGGUUGGGUAUCUUGUUCAAGCAGGUUCUUGAAACAGUUACUGACGCUUCAAAAUUUCUGUCAAAGAGUGCAGUUAAAUUUUUUUCUGAGAGUAGUCUGUGGAGGCACCCACAUCAUUCAACAACUUCAUUAGGUUGGAACCAACAGAAUCAUUUCAUGCAACACAUUAAAGUUUCAUAUCAAAUUCAGAAAUUAGGAUAUUGGUUAUAUUCAUUAUACUGCUAAUAUUCAUGGAUCUCUUAACAACCGCUGGUCCUUCCUAGCAG